AUGGUGAAAGAAAUAGGUGGGAGUAAGAAGGCGCUGGGGACGACAUGGGAGUUCUUCAGGAGGAGGGAUGAGUGGAGGAAGCACCCUAUGCUUUCCAAUCAACUCCACCACGCCACUCCCGGCAUCGGCAUUGCUAUCGUUGCAUUCGGCGUCUACCUCGUCGGCGAGCAGAUCUAUGACCGCCUCAUUGCUCCCUCCCCCUCCCCAUCCUCCUCCUCCUCCUCCUCCUCUCAUCACGCCUACUCUCAUUCUGUCUCUUCAAUCUCCGCUACUCACUGAACAAAGAAUUCUGGAGAAACUGGAAGUGAAUGAUUUGCAGGCAUCUUUAUGAGAAUUCGAGCUCUGAGAAGAUGGAGAAAACUAGAGGAAAACAGAGGAAACUGGAGGCAUAUGUUAUACAAGGUCCGGUCGGAGCUCAAGAAACUUAUGGGUUCUGAUGCUGGAAGACUCGCCAGAUGUGUCACCACCGAUGCUCCAAGCUCUAUCAACAUUCGCCCAGCUCCGGAGACAUCAUCAACUCUUUCUCUCAUCUCUCUCUCUCUCUCUCUCUUUCUCUCUGGUACUUCCAACUUCGGAGACAUCGUCAUCGCCAACUGAGUCAAGUCGUAAGAGCUGAUAUUGAUUCUGACGACCCCAUGCGAGGUGUCGAUGCCGGAGAUACAAACCCCAUUGAUUUUGUGAGUACAACCCCAAGCAGAAGAACAAAAUACUGCGGAAUAUAGUUAAGAAGCUCACAUGCCAACAACAAAAUGGGAAUCAUGGAAAGAUCAAUGGGACUGUGGUGCUGAUGAAUAAGAAUGUUUUGCACUUCAACGAUCUCAAUGCUUCGGUUCUCGAUGGCGUGUAUAAGUUGGUUGGCCAAAGGGUUUAUCUGCAGCUCAUCAAUGUCGUUCAUGCUGAUGAUUCCACAACUGCCUAGUUAUGCGCAAUACCAGCAACACCCUAGUAUUGGGCAAUACUAGCAAAACCCCCGCGUUGGACAAUGUCAGACAAAUUCAGAUGCUUUUUCAAAAUAUGAUAGUGGAUUCUCACAUGGGAAGUGAUUGGAAAAGCAUUAAAGGGAAGAAGAUAAAAAGUGAGGGAGGACCAGAGAUAAUUGCGGUGGACUCGUGGACCAUGCAGCAAAAAAAAAGGAAACAAAAGCAGAAAGCAGAAAGAAAAGCAUAAAGCAAAAGAAGAUUAAAAGAAGAUAAAAAGAAGCAGACAUAAUUGCGGUGGUGAUGGCAUGCAGAAAAAAGAAUUAUGGGCGUGAUCCAUCGAGCAAAGGGUCGGAUUUUAUUUUUGAAUGAUGUGAUUUAUUUUUCUUAUCUUUCGGAAAUAUCUGUAUAACCCCAUCAAAGGGUAAUCAAUAAAAAAUAAAAAAAAGGCAAGCCCAAAAUAAUGGGCUC